AACUGACACAAAAUGCAUCCAGACCUGUCAUCACAUCUACACACGGAUGAGUGCAAUGAGAUGAUCAAACAGUUGUCACAGUGCCAUGUAGAUAAUAAAUAUAAGAAGUUUUUGGGCGCAUGCAAUGACUUCAAGCGUGCGAUGGACAGGUGCUUGAAGAAUGAGAGGGAAACAAACAGACGGGAAAACCUGCGUAAGGCAAGGGAGAAACAAGCUGUAACUAAACAAAAUAUAUUAAAAGAACGACAAUCUUCUUCAUCGAAGUAAAAAGUACGUAGUUCUUAGUUUUUUAAAUUGGGUGUUUUAAUAACAAGUUUUUUUCAACUUGUUAGAAUAACUUUAGCGAAUGGCGUUAAGCUAAAUACUCACAAGCACCUCAGCUAUACGAUGUUAGAUAUAAUCGUCAGUUACAUAAUUACAUCAGUGCUGUUGUUUACCAUUGCUGUAAAUGGGCUCUUCAUGAAGAUCAACUAUAUUCAUGUAGUAAUACUUGGAAAAUUAAAAAUGUUAAUAACAUUUGUUCUAAAAAUAGCCAAAACACAGUGGCAUGGCUUCGUAGAUAUGUGUUAUCUGGUUUAAACUGCAACAAACCUUAACCUGCAUUUAAUAUUGAAUUAUUUAUCUUAGGAAAUCUCUUAAAUAAAAUGCGAUUAAGAACUUUUUGAUUUUUUUAUAAA